AGGAUGCGAGCCGGCGUGUGGUGGAGCACGGCCGCUCUGGCCCUGCUGGCGAUCACCGGUGCCCUUCGUACCGUUCAGGUGGAAGGAGCCGCACGAGUUGGCAGAAGAUUGCCGGCACCAUCAUCUCCGGACGAAAACAGCGUAGCGAGUCCAGUCGAUGCUCAACCUAACUUCAGGUCGAGAGGCAGCAGGCGACGGGAGGAAACCUCGACUGCGCGUGAUAACGUCCGAUCGAGAUUCAGGAAUAGGCCCGUAGAACCCACUUCGGAAACACCACAACCACAAGCAAACAACGAACGAUUCGAUUCGAGAAGGACUUCAAGUCGAACGCGUAAUCGGCCAACCGAGAUCGAAGCGAAAACGGAGCCUGCGGUAGCCAAAGAAAAUGUCGCCAGAAGCAGAUCGAGACCAGUUAGCAGGCGACCGGCACAACCGACCCCAGCUCCCAUAGAAAUCUCUUCACCGAUUAUCGACGAAAGUAAAAUAGAAAUUAUUAACUCUAACUUGGACGAUAUUUCUAGAAUAGUACCUAAAGAAGAAAAUACUGCUACGACCCAAUUCAGAAGACGGAGCUCCAUAUCGAUAGUUCAAACGACCGAAAGCGUGGCUCCCAAAAGAGGUCGUGGACGUAUUAACGCUCGAACUAACACAAAAUCCUUUGACCUAGACGGUUCUGGGACGACAAACAGUUUGUCAUUUUCUGACAAAGAACCUACUACAGCCAGAACCGGUGAUUUGAGAAACUCAAGGAAACUAAGAUACAGGACGCGCCCAUCUGAAACGGACACAAACUUAACUGGCGAUGGACUGACAGCGACAAACGAAGUUGUCAAAUCUAGUCACAUUAAAGGUGGUACUAGUCAACCUGAAGUUCAAACAUUCGCCCCCAUUAUUGAAAGGCUUGUUUCGCAGAGUACCGAGGCUAACAAACCGAAGACGACCACUAUCAAAGUCACUAAGGUAGUGAGACGUCCAUUGGGAAGAGGAAAACCGAAUUUGAAACCCUCAGCAUCGGGACCGACGGGGCAAGCCACGGACGAAAUAAAUGACGACGAUAAUUACCCAGAAACGUUUAAAGCAUUAAUACAAGCCAAAAAUGCGUCGACACAAGCGAGCUCUCCAUCCAGCGAGAGUUUGUCCGUGAAAGCGUCACAAAAAGUAUACAACACCUACACUCCUUCACUACAGUCCACUCUUACUGGUCCAGCUGAAAAUAAAUAUUCAAGGCUUCGGAAGCAAAAGGCAGAGGAGGAAAAAAAGGAAGUCAAGAAUCAAGACAAAAUUGCAGAGACAACUGUAGCUCCCGAUGCAUCAAAAGAAAAAAAAUCAGAAUACAGGCCACGGGGAACGUAUACUGCUAGAAAUAGAAAGUCAUCAGUAUCUUCAACAGCCGCUCCAAGUUCUUCGUCAAGUCAAAAUCCUUCAAAAGCGGCAUAUAAAUACAGUAGAAAAUUCAAAUCUACUACAGAGGCACCUAAACAAGAAAAUUUGGAAAAAGACAAAGGUGUCGAAAACAGUGGCGUCUUGAAAAAGUCUAUUUCCAGGUCACCGAAUUUUUCCAGAAAAUUCUCAGCUAAGAACCCAAGUACGAGUACUGAAAUCUCGGUCGUGACUGAAAACAGCAAUAGUUACACUAACAUUGGAAAAACCAAAACCACACUACCUAGGACAUCUUAUUACUCACGUCUAAGGAAUAAUCUUAAAAAUGAUACGACAUCUACAACGGAGUCCAUAACAAAAGUAAAUGUAGAAACAGUUCAAAAGAAAAGAGAAGACACUGCAGAUACGCCGUUAAUAUUUACUUUAUUAAAAAAUCCGGACGAAGAUAAUGUCGUCGCAACAGGACCGCAAGCUGAAAAUAAAGAGAAAGAAAUUAUAAUUGCCGUCAAUAGCAGAGAAUCUCUUAAAAAUAAUAGCGUGAAUAUGCCUGAUAUGGCACAAGAGUCUGAAAAUAUGGCUUAUGUGUCCGUUCCACCUUCUGGUAAAGCAAAAGUCGAAUCUGACCGAUAUAAAUACCAUGCUAAUUACAAAGACCAGAACCCUAAGUUGGUGAAAGAUAAAGAAAGAGGAUCCUCAACAGCCACUCCUCCAGUGAGGAAUCUCUAUACUAGGAAAUAUGGCCGUAAACGUACAAAGUCUAAAGAUUUAGAUGAAGAUAAUGAUGUAACCACACCGAAGCCUAGAGAUAAGCAUGUGCGAAAAUUCAGUGAGACUUAUUCCAAAACUACAGAAGCUUCCACUAAUGGAAUUACUCCUGAGCCGGAUAGACCUAAAAGCAGGUUUAGUUCUAAAUAUCGAGCUUCGUAUCUCGAUAAACCAUUUUACAAACCCACUGUACCCACAAUAACACCAUCUACUGUAGAGGGAGAAGAAAUGCAAUUAGGGCCGGGCGUGAACGCUAUUUCAUUUACUCAGACACGAAGGACUUUGUCCUCAGCAGACCUGAGACUUUCAGAGAGUUUGGUUAAACCAUCGCACGUUAUGAAUGUCGAAGCGUCUCACCAUUCGCCCUCAGUUACAGUAUCUAUAUUUGAUGCUCUAGCUGAAAUACUUACGUCCACACCUAGACCCCGACUCUCUUCAACAACUGAAGUUACGAAAAGUACAAUCCUUAAUACAGACGUAACAAAAAUACUCAACGGCGUGAGUAACAUCAAUGUAAAUAGUGCCCAAGGCAUACCAAAUCAGGAUAAUUUUACAGCUGUCGCCUUCAAUGUAAGCACUGUUACUAAAUCUGUACAGAACACGGUCCAGACUACACCAAGUGUGAUUAACAGUACGGUCGGGGCAAAUGUUACACCGUCACUAAGCACUCAAGAUGAAACCGUAACUCCUGUGAAUACACCGCAAACCCCUGUCCCAACUCCUUCCACUCCUGUCUCCGCAAGGAGACCUUUCGCUAUCAAAGUAUUAUAUUCAGAUACAGAACCGCCAACAGACAAACUCACGACUGCACCUGAACCUACAUCAAAUCAGCCGACGACUGACUCAACAAUGGUAUAUAACACAGUGUCUGAUCUUUUGUUGUCUAAUAACAAUUUAGUGUCAUCAGAACUAACUAGCAUGUUGUCUAAUAAUAUUAAAGAAAUUAUUCGAAAUAUGGACGACGACAGUAGAUCUAGAAUAUCUGGAGAUAUGGCAAAUUUGUUGAAAAGUUUAAUUCCUAGAGCUUUAGAUGGACUAGCGAACGCACUUGACAAUUCUGACAGGACACCUAACACUACUCCCUACAGUUUGGAGGAUAUAAAAGAUACCGAAAAUAUUGAUAUUAAUACGGACUCUGUAAAUAUAGAUAAUAUCCUUCAAAAUGUCGGAAACAAUGUAAAUAGCACCGUAGAACCCACUGUCGCGUCCACUCAGGCUGUAAAUAGCACUGAAACCACUGCGGCAGUUACAGAUAGCACUCAAUCUUUGUCAAGUAGCCAGGCAACGAUAGCUGGUAUCAGUUCAACAACUAUGGGAACCUCUGAACAACCAAGUUUCUUUUCAAGUCUCUUAAGUACAACUCCAUCGUCUGUACCAGCUACGUCUACUGCCUCCUUAGACAUAGUUGCACCCAGUGGAAUUAGUAAUACUGACAAUGUUAUUGGUGCUGAUUUACAAGUUGAUUCUACUACUAACAAAAACUCCCCCGCACCUUUCCUUUCAAGUAUUAAAUCGGCAUCGUCUUCCUCUUUACUCGAAUUACAAGGUAAUGAUGACUUUGAAGUACAGGACCCGGGCAAAGUUUCUCCACUUCAAUUAUGGGUACUGUCCAAAAAAGCUAGAGUUCUGAAAAUGAUCGAAGAUCUUAUACGACAACAUAAUAAUGAAAUCGCAACUGCACCACCCGUGAUUGACAUUGUGAGCUCGCCUGAUAAAAUCAAUUUAUCCGCACGUUUGACGAACAUAAUAAAUACAAUGACAUCAACGACUGAGACUCCUGUGACUAGUAGUGACAUGCUUACUACCCCUUUUACCAUUCCUUCUAUUUUUGAACCCCUUCCUAUCACAACACUGUCCCUACAGCUUGACGAAACAACAAUUAGUAUUACCGAAGAUAGCUUCCCAACAACAAUUCAGUCAGUUGAAACUACAGUUACACCAGUGGGUAAUUCACUAAAAACGACUACCGACGAUGUAGAUAUAUCAUCUCGUAUUACCGCUGUAACAGAGAAUUUCGGUGAAACAGUUGCUACAACUAUUUCAUCGGAAGUAACUACUGAAAAAGCGACUGAUCUUCCAAGUACCACUCAAGUAACAACUACUGAACAAACACAAGAUUUGGGCAGAUCGCAAGAUGUAAACACUGUAGCGACCACAGAAGCUGUUGAACAAAUGACUAUGCAAGAUAAUACUGAAACAACAACCGCCCAAUCAAACACAGAAACAACAACACAGAUGAAUAUAGAUACAACCCAAACCGAUGCAGAAAUCACAACUCAGAACAAUGCUGAGACUGCACCAGCCAACGAUUCAAAUCAAUCCACAACAACCGCUAGUCCUAUAGUUGUCGCUACACCCGCGAUUCCGAAAAAAGAUUAUGUUAUUUUCGGAAUAUUACCAAACAAUACCGUGGUACGUAAAGAUCCUAAUGAUGACAUACUGGAAACAUUAACAGAGGCGAGUCCAUUCAUCGUAUACGGUGUGCUGCCCAAUAACACAAUAAUACGUAAAUUCCCGAACGGAACUAGAGUGCCAAGAGUCAUGCAAAAAAUUGACGUACUACCAAUCAGUCCAUGGAGUUUGAGGAAUCCAUACAGCCCCAUCCAUAACAACCCGGCCAUUGUCAAACCGCGGCUUAACCCCAUCCGAGUAUCCACUAAUUCUGAUAAUACUGUGACAUCCGCCGACACAUCAAAUAACGGAACAGAAUUAACCACCGACACUGUAAAUAACCUACAACCUACGACCAAACAAAUACGAACUGAAAAACCCGAUGACGGGGCUGGAAACGCUGUAUUUAAAUUCAUACCGAUAGACGAAGUAACAGUGCCUUCAUUGAAUUCAAACGUCCUGAAAUUAGCAUCAACAAGACAACCUGCUACAACAAACACGGAAAAGGCCGAGGUACAGAUAGUAACAGCGACGUCGGUCACAGAAAGUAAUACGAUAUCAACACAAACACAAGCUAGUACGAACGAUGUUACCACUACUCUUCAAACUACGGUCGGAACUAAGUUUGAAACUACAAUGGAGUCAACGACAGCUACUAUUGAGACUGUCGCUACAACUGAAAGUUUAACAACUAUGGUAGCAACUACAACAGCGGCACCAAUGACAACUCUCCCAUCCACAACUGCGGCUCCCACAACUACGCCUGUAACAACGACCUUAGCGCCAACAACUACCACUCCAGUGCCGACUACAACUACUACGACUCCUGCGCCGACUACGACUACCACGACUCCUGCACCAACUACUACCACUACGACUCCUGCGCCUACAACAACGACUACAACUCCGGCGCCUACAACUACUACUACGGUACUAACUACUACGACUACAACACCCGCACCAACAACCACUACUACAAGUGCAGCUACUACAAUCACAACGACAGCCGUUCCCAUAACAAAAUCACAAGAUGUACCAACCACAACAGAACUUCCAACAACUCCACUACCAUUAGUCUUAACAACAACUCAAACGGCCACAAUGCCAACUUCUACUCCCAGUUUAGAAGAGGACAUAAAACAAUAUCAAGAAGACUUACAACUUCUGCAAACAUUACUUCAGGCAACUGGAAGAAACCCUAAAACUUUGAAUGUACAAAAUAACCUUAAUCAAAUAUUGCCUAGUAAAAUAACAACUACUAUUAGGCCUUUUACGGGAGCACCGGUUACUUCUCAAUCGAUAGAUCAAGCUAAACUAUUAGAAGCGCUUUUAUCAGCUGCUGGGCAGAAUUCUAACAAAGUACCUGUAUUAAAUGUUGGUGGUAGUAAUCCAAUAACAGUUAGACCGCAAACAACUACAUCUCGUUCUAUUGAAGAUGAUAUUAGACAGUUUGAAGAAGACACUAAAUUGUUAAAAGCGCUGUUACAAGCGACAGGUCAGAAUCCGGCUAGCCUUAAUAUACCCACACUAGAUACUAUCAGAACAACAACUAGAGCCCCUACCACAACCACAACACCGACAACCACUAGACCCACAACCACAGUACAAUCAACAACACAGUCGAUAGAUGAAGACAUUAAACGGAUUCAAGAAGACACGAAACUAUUACAGGCUCUGUUACAGGCGACACAGGGCCAAAAUACUGGUAACUUAAACAUACCGUUAGUAUCUGGAGUAACUUCGAAUGUGAGAAUAGCCUCAAACCCACAGACAACAUCAAUAGGGUCAAAUCCUACUACACCGUUAGAAAUAAGACCCGUGUAUACAACUACGCAAGUUCCUGUGUUUAAAACUUUUGCCCCUAGAACUGUCUCCCCUACGUUACAGCCUGCUGCUGCGUUCAGUACUAUCACUGAAGAUGUUGGUAUAUCCACAACUUUCCCACCAUUCAAUGCAAGAACGACAGCAGGCAGAAGUUUUGAGUUUACGACUGUGCCAACUGCUCGUCGAGUACCUACUGCUAGGUUUACCGUGAGCACUGACAUGCCGAGUACUUCAACAUUCUCAGUUGAAGAGGAUCUGGCUUUCUUACAAAACUUGAAAUCAGUUUUGAACACCAAUCCUAAAAGCCAAGAUCGCGAGGCGGCUUUAGCAAACCGCAUCAUAGCUCUGGCUGUCGAAAAAAGCCUCAAUGAAAUACAGACUGGAAAUCGUGACGAAUCCGUUCGUACCGGAACUACUAUUGCUAACAGUGCAACAACUACAACUACCAGACCUACAACAACAACUACUCCUACCACAACAACUACCACUACUACUACCACAACGACAACAACUACUACAACAACACCUAGACCCACAACUACAACCAGGCCAUUUACAACAACUGUAUCAAACGGUCCCUCUAUCGAGGAUGACAUAAGACAAUUCCAAGAGGACACAAAGUUGCUCCAAGCGUUGAUAAAGGCAACGGGACAAGAUCCAUCUAAAUUCAACAUCCCCACAUUACCAAACAUACCGACAAAUCCAAAUGUGAGUCCAAAUGUACCAGAUGUCAACGAAGAAUUAAAACUGCUUUCAAAUCUUCUUGCUUCACCGUCACCUUUGAACGAACCCUUCGACCCAUUAACACCGAAGGCUAACACUAACGUAGUUACUAAAACUAUUGACACAAAACCUUUACCGUUUGGUGCAAAAAUAGCUGUACAGGAUGACUUGAAGAGUGUGCAGGACGAUGGGAAAUUGUUACAAACUUUGAUACAAUUGCAGGGCGCACAGGAGACGACUACAAUAAAGAGCAAACUGGCUUUAACAGGCCAAACUUCUGAUGAAGCAUUGCAGAAACUCCUGCAACAGACACAAGGCGGUGGCAUGGUUUCUGAGGCAACCCAAGCGCCUAUAUCACUGAGCACUGAAUACGGCAAGAGCAACGACGCAUUGCUAGCAGCGUUGCUGAAGGAGCAAGGUUUUGGUCCAACCACGGCAAGUUCUUUGGAUGAGCAACUACGACUUGCUGCUUUACUCAACCAAGUGGUAGUGACGCCUAAAGCGAGGCGGACGACAACGACUCCGCCGCCGCCACCACCGCCAGCGCCGCGAAGGCCCAUAUUGGAUGGGCUGGCGUGGCUUUGGCAACAGUGGAGAGAGACGGCGCCGGGACCUGGUGCCCCGAGGCCCACCAGCAGCAGCAGCAACACUAACAGCGUGAGACGGCCACCGCCGUCAGCGCGGCCCGCUCCCGCUCCCGCGGCCUCGCCCGCCACCAGCAACAGAGUCAAUUGGUUUGGCUCCGGCCCGUUCGUGGGCAACGCUGACGAUAGACCGGCAGCUAAUCGAAUACCUCUCGAGCCUCCGAGGGCUGUGGCAUCGGAGCAAGCGCCUGGCCGAGGGCAGCUGGUAUCAGCAGCUAUUAAUGUCACAAGAGCUUUCUCGCAGUUUCUAGGAGCUGCUAUACAGGGUGCUGCACAGACGGUUCAGAACGUGAUCCGAGCUGGACAGAGGGCUGCCACCGACGUGUACACCAACGGAUCGGGAGGCUCUGGAUAGCCAUUUAGAUAGUCGGACUCAAAACUUUCCCGGAAGUGUCAUAGUAUGCACUAUGUGUUAAGUGCUCAAAUGUACAUAUAUAGUCGAUUGUAGAGUUAGAUUUAAGGCUUAAUAAUCGCGAAGGUUCAAUUACAUGGUACGAGUUCUGCGUUAUAAAUUGCUGACUCAAAAUUUGGUUUUGAAUUCGUUUUUAAAAAUGUGAUUGAACCGUAAUAAUUUAUUAAUUUUUUUAGUAUGAGAAAAGGGGUUAGGUAUAGAUUGAAGAAUUCAAGGGAAAAACAAUCAGCGUAAAACGAAUUUGAGGAAAUUAUUAACAGCAAUCGUCAACAUUUUGUAUAUACUUUUGAUUAUAAGGAAAUGAACUAUCAAAAUCUUUAUCAAAACUGGAAUCUAAAUAUUCUAUUCUAAGAUACCUCUUACCUGAAUUCUUGUAUAGUAAUAGUAUAUCACCUAGUCAUGCAGACACCGACUUAUAUAAAUAUGAGAUUUUGAUAGUUCAUUGGUUAAGUUAAUUUCCUCACAAGUGUUCCUAAGUAGGGGUUGUAAACAUUUUAAGGAUUGUCUUCUUAGGACAUAGAAGAAUGUGCUAAAAGCGUGUUCAAUCGUGAAAUGUUCAAAAUAUAUUACUCCCUUAGGAUUACAGAAAGCAAAGGUUAAGAAAGAAAGAUUAUUUAAAACGACUAGGUGUUGUCUAGGAUAAUUAAUUGUGAUUCUAGCACUACCUUAGUAUGUAAUAUUUAAUUUUCUUAAACUAAAAAGAUUUAUAUGUUUUCAGACUUUUGUACCUAAUUGCAAGCAUUAUGGUUAACGUAAAGUUUCGAAGCUUUUGCGAGGUUUUGUGUACCUACUCAAUAGUUUACGCUUAGCAGUUUCAUUUUUCAAUUUAAAUGAAAUAUGGGAUUCUUUUUAAACGGUAGAUCUGAUUACUAUAUAUUGAAAAAUUUGUUUCUGAAACUUUGUGUAUUUGUUUAUUUUGAACUUUAUAAUACUUUUUUCGGUAAAUUUAUGUUAUGUAAACAACAGUUAGCAGUGUAACAGUUAGCCUGUAUUUUUUAGUCUUAUUUUCUGUAAUAGAUUCACUUUAAAAUUCUUUAAGUGUUACUCUGCUACCAAAACUAUUACUUUCAUUAAGUUUCAGAAACAGGUUAGUGAUUAAAUUUAAGUUACUUUUAAGUCCUGCCUCUUAGUUGUAAGUCUAAUUACAUGUGCCAUCUCGCACGUGCUCGAACGUUUUCAGGUUUUCAGCUUUUAUUUAUUUAUUUAAUUUUUUUGACGAUUGAAACGUGGGUCAUCUAGUUCAUUAGUACAAAAUUGGAUUUAAAUGCCGGUGAUUUGGCAAAAAUUCUUUGACUGGCGAAGGAGUUAGGUUCUCUUGGGUAUCGACUUGAAAAAUCGAAUAAAUUAAUUGAAAAUAAACGAUAUUAUUUGUAAUUGUUUUUUUUUAUUUUUAAAAUAAACGAUUUUUUUACUGGAUAUGAAUUUACUAAAAUAUAUUUAUUUAACAAUUUACUAAUGAACUGACUUUAUUUAAGUUGUAUAAAGUAUUUAUGCAAGCAAGCUUCUUUACAAACUUUAAUAUUAUUAUGAACUGUAAAUGUACUAAUGGAAUUAUAUUUUACAUUUUGAGGAAAUAAACAUUAUCAAUGCUUAUGCACCAAAUUAAAUAACUAUUUAAUUUAAUUAUUAUUUGUAAUGAUUUGAAUUUAAUCGACUUAAAAUUUUAUUUGUGAAGAAAAAAUAUUUGUUAAAAUAUAAUCCAGCAUUAUUGUAUGUUAAAAAUGUUGCUUACCCCGACGAUUGAUGUCACAGUAUACAGUACAUUAGUAGGUUAUACUGUACAGUAAUGAUAUUCGAAAAAUUAUAGCCUCGUUAGUGACUCAUGGUGACUAGGAUGUGGUCAAUAAUUGUAAUAUGUUUAGUAAUUAUAAAAUUCUGAUGGAAAUUACAACAUUAAGUAAAAAAUCCGUUACGUUCUUACAUUUUGCACUUAUCGUAAUUAUGUUUUAAUACUAUUCAUAUUUUACUAUGUCAUAUUUUCGAAUGAAUCAUAUGUUUUAAAUCGUCGGUUUGUUGAGUCAGUCUUUAUGGAAUUACUGAGUCAUUUUAAAUGAAAUUUCAAAACUUCGAUUUUUUAAAUUGUAUUUAAUAUUUUUUCAAAGGAUUUUAAUUGUAUCCUAAUUUCAAAAACUAUUAUUAUUUUACAAACAGAUAAAUUGUAAAUUAAAGGGAAAGCGAUUCAUACAUUUCUUAAGAACUUUUCGAUUUAAAAAAUAAAUUAUGAACGUCUCUAAAGUGUAUAAUAUUUAAUUUAAAAUUAAUAUUCGCAAAGACUAUGCUAUCACUGCCAGGUAUAAUAUAUUAGCUACUAUUACUAUAACGCUUGGUGAACAUUGACUAACAAUGAUGUAUAAAAUAAUUAAGCAAUAUUUUUAUUUUAGUAAAUUUUCGACGACCAAAAGUCGUAGCAAGCUAAAGCUUCCUUGUUAAUUUAAGUUUUGUACAUUUUUUUAUAAAGGGAGUAUAUGAUAAUAAAUUAUUCAAUAUGGUG